AUGCGCUCCAUCGCUCAAAUAACGGCUUUGUCCAUGGCCACUGGUGCCACAGCCCUCGAUAUCCUCGGCAUAUCUAUUCCAGAUGGUCUCUUUACGGGCCCUUGGUACGGGGCGCCUGAUAACGACUUUGACUGUGUAGAUGCGCAAGGUCGCAAUCCGGUGGUCUUGAUUCACGCCCUGGCAGCAUCACGAGAGGUUGAUCUAAACCUGCUACACAAAAACAUGACAUCCGAAGGAUGGUGCGUGUUUUCGCAGACAUACGGCUCUCCCAUCAACCCGCCUCUUAUCGGAGGUCUGACAGAAAUGACCGAGUCAGCCGCAGAUGUGGGAGCUUUCAUUCUCGAGGUAGCCCAGAAGACAGGUGGCAAGGUCGACGUCGUCGGUCACUCAGAAGGGGGUGUUCAAACCCUUUAUGUGCCAAUGGUGCAACCUGAUGUCGCCGCAGUUAUUGAUCACGCUAUCGCUCUUGGGCCAGCAGUGCAUGGAGCACAUUAUUUCGGCUUCACGGACUUUUACCAAUCAUUGCCGACUCCAUUCCCUACCUUGCUCAAGGCCGCCAUAGAACCACUAUGUGACGCCUGCAUCGACAUGGAGAACAAUGAUGGGGAUAUCUAUAUCGCCUUCAAGAACAGUCCCAAGAUUGUGCCCAACAAUAUCAACGCCACUAUUAUCAUGUCCAAGGAUGACACCCUUGUUCCUAUCAACACAAGCAGGAUCGAUGAGCCAAACGUCAGCAAUCUAGUCGUCCAAGAUUUUUGCCCUGACGACCAUCUUGGCCACGCCGACCUCGCCUGGUCCGAGAGUGUCUGGGGAAUAGUCAAGAACCAGCUGCAAGAGACUAACGACCCAUUUAAUUGCGAUACUGGCGCUUCCUUCCGAAAGUGA